AUGGAUAACCGAUUAAGGGAAGAUAAAGCCUUGAAUGACAGCCAAUUCUCCUCCAUUGCUUCGAUUCUCCAAAAGAUGCAGGGUGAUAAGGUGAAUGAUAGUGCUCAAUUGACAAACCUUUGUAAAAGGUUUGAGGCAUUGGAAAUGAAGAAUAACACUUUGACAUCUCACGUGACUCAAGUUUCCAAUACUGUGAGCGAUUUGCAAGCCAAGAAUGGGGGUGGACUACCCUCAAAUACUGUGAUCAAUCCCAAAUCCCUUAAUGCCAUCAAUCUGAGAAGUGGGAGGGUGGUCAAAUUCUCUAAUGAGGAUGACGAAGAAGUUGAUGAGGAAAUUGAAUGUGACAGCCCUCCGUCAACUCCCAUAAAGCUGAAGCACUUUGAAAGCACUAAGAAGAAAGAACUGAUCGACAAUGAUGCUGAAAUUACUCAAGAUGGAGCAAGGUCUACUGAUGGGCCAGGAUCUCAAGUGGCAAGUCAACCACUUCUGGAAGAUAUCAAUGAAAAAGCUCCAACCACACAUGAGAAAAGCGAAUCAACUAUGCAAGGGGCCUUAACGCCAAAAGGUAAAGAGGUAAAGAUUUCUGACAUUCCCUUUCCUAAUGCUUACUUUAGAGGUAAGAAACUGCAUGAUGAACAAACUCAAAAGGAAAUGAUUGAAUUCUUUAGUAAGCUAGAAGUAAAUAUGCCUUUUUUGAACAUGAUUAAAAGCAUGCCUGCAUAUUGUAAGUUUCUAAAGGAUUUGUGCACUCACAAGAGAAAGUUUAGGCCUAAUGAAAGAGUUCAACUGAGCUCUAAUGUGUCAGCUAUCUUUAAGCCUCAACUUCCCAUAAAGUGCCAAGAUCCAGGUGCCUAUACCAUUCCCUGUACCAUUGGACCAGUGAACAUAGCCGCUGCACUGCUAGAUUUAGGGGCCGCAAUUAAUGUAAUGCCUAAAUCUGUUUACAUCGCCCUAGGAAUCAAAGCAGUCAAACCCACCAGUGUUAUGUUACAAUUAGCUGAUAGGUCCAUUAGGCACCCUGAUGGUAUCUUAGAGGACAUAUUGGUUAAAGUGAAAGACCUCGUUUUCCCAGCUGAUUUCUAUGUCCUAGAUGUGUCUAAUGAGUUAGCUAGUGAAUCCACUCUCAUCCUAGGUAGGCCCUUCCUUAGAACAGCAAAUACCAUUAUCGAUAUGAAAGAAGGUGCCAUACCAUGGAGGUUGGGAAUCAUAAGAUAUGCUUUAACAUGUAUGAAGCCAUGA